GAGUCUAGUAUUUUACAAAAGUGUUUCUGGAAUUUUUAAGCAUGAUUUGAUAUUUUAUUUUGUCCGUUCAAGUUCAUCUGUUUUAGGAAGAUCGUUGCUAUUUUUUUUCUUUGAACUAGUGACUGGUUUAGCUUUGUUGUGUUGACAGGAAUGGUGACAUCCGAUUCAAGCUCGGGGGUUAGUUCUAAUAACAAGAUCCUCAUCGAAGCUCUCACGAUACAAAUGGAUAAAAUGAUGGAUGCCAAGCUUAAACCAAUUACCGAUCAUCUUAAGGGGAAAGAGAAAGCGCCGGGUGAACAAGUCAUCAUCUCGGAUGGAGCCCGAUCUCGAAAGGAGACGAACCACCAAACCAAGGACCCGAGGAAAGAAACGGCUGAUAAAAAUGCUCAAGAAUACUACAGCAGCCACGGUAACUUUUCUCACCGGAGCAGCCGGAGGACGAGACGUAACGGAGGAGAGAGAGAUUUGAUGGUCGAAAAUCUUGGACGUUACAAGAUGAAGGUACCGCCGUUCCAUGGAAAGAAUGAUCCGGACGCCUACUUAGAUUGGGAGAAGAAAAUGGAGCUUGUAUUCAAUUGUCACAAUUUCACCAACGUCAACCGUGUGAAAGUAGCCGCUACCGAGUUCUACGACUAUGCACUUAGUUGGUGGGAUCAAAUUGUCACUAUGAAACGGCGUAAUGGAGAAUAUCCGAUUGAGACAUGGGAAGAACUAAAGCUUCUCAUGAGGCGUAGGUUUGUGCCUAGCCAUUAUCACCGUGAGCUCUACUCUAAACUCCAGAAGCUAACUCAAGGUGCGCGGUCCGUGGAAGACUAUUACCAAGAGAUUGAAACUUUGAUGUUGCGUGCGCAUAUAAUAGAGGAUAGAGAGGCAACAAUGUCAAGGUUCUUGGGAGGAUUGAACCGUGAAAUUCAGGAUCGUGUCGAGAUACAACACUACGAGGAGUUGGAAGGGAUGCUACAUAAGGCUAUCCUUGUGGAGCAACAACUUAAGAGAAAGGGUUCCUCAAGGCCGAGUUAUGAUUCGAACCGACCUAGAUAUCCAAGAGAAAGCAAACCAGCCGUCGUUCCUAAAGUCGAGCCUAGAUCAUUCCCGACCAUCCAAGACCAAGACAAGACCAAGCCCGAAGGCACCACCACUUCUAGAUCCCGUGAUCUCCGAUGCUUCAAGUGUCAUGGACGUGGGCACUAUGCUAAUGAGUGUACAAAUAAGAAAGUGAUGGUCAUAAGAGAGAAUGGUGAGUUGGAAUCCGAAGACGAGCCCAUACCGCAAUCAGAAUCGUCGUCCGAAGAGUGUAUUGCCAAGCCGGCAAGUGGAAAGCUCCUAGUGUUGAGAAAGGUUUCAGAGGAUCCGGAAAAGGAACAAGACAUGGACUCAUCCCCGGAUAAGUAUGGAAAGAGGUCCGGAGAAUCUUACGUUGCAAAGCGAACAUUAAGCAUCCAAACCCGAACCGAGGAAGAAGAGCAAAGAGAGAACCUAUUCCAUACGCGAUGUCUUGUCCAUGAGAAAGUUUGUAGUUUGAUCAUCGACGGAGGAAGUUGUACGAAUGUGGCGAGUGAGACAAUGGUCCGAAAACUUGGGUUGAAGCCGCAAAAGCAUCCUAAGCCGUAUCAACUACAAUGGCUUAACGACGAUGGAGAAAUGAGUGUUAAGAACCAAGUGGUUGUUCCAUUAGCGAUCGGAAGCUACGAGGACCGAAUUCUUUGUGACGUACUACCAAUGGACGCCGGACAUAUCCUUUUAGGCCGACCAUGGCAAUCGGAUCGGAGAGUGAUCCAUGACGGUUUUACUAACCGAUACUCGUUCCUGUUCAAAGGCAAGAAGACCACUCUUAUUCCAUUGACGCCACAAGAGGUAUAUGAGGAUCAACUCCAACUCUCGGCCAAGGAAACCAAAGUUCGUAAACAGCCUAAUUUCUUUAUUAAGGCUAACAAGGUUAAGCAAGCUAUGUUCUCUAAACAACCUAUUUUGUUAUUGGUUUACAAAGAAGCACUAACGACUUUGGCUAACCUUGCACCGGCCGAUCCGAGUGAGUUGACUUCCCUUUUGCAGAAUUACAAGGAUGUGUUUCCUGAAGAUAGCCCCAAUGGUUUACCACCUAUCCGGGGAAUUGAACACCAAAUUGACUUUGUGCCGGGAGCAACACUACCAAACCGUCCGGCCUACCGAACCAAUCCGAUGGAGACCAAGAAAGUUGUGCCUUCGUUGUGCAUUCAUUAAGAGAUGUCGUCCACCCACGAAGAAGCUAAUGAGGAACCCUAGAGCGUUGUCGCCCUCUACAGUCGAUCCGAAGCUUUGAAGACACCAAACCUCUCUUUUUUCUCUGGUUUACUCUAAGAUCUAUUUAGGUGAAUUCUUACCUCUUGUUUUCGACAUUCAAAGAAGUAAUCUCUAAACCCUAUUCAGUUCAUAUUCAUCUUAUUAUUAUGAGUUUAUCAAACCUUAAUUUGAUGAGUUCCUUAACCAUGCUAGAGUAGUUUUCUAGUUGGGUUUAAAUGGCUAAUUAAAGGAGGGACAUGAUCGAUCAUCUAUGUGGCGAUACUUAGGGUUUUGUUUGACCUUUUACACUAAAUUCUUUCUAGUUAAGCUUUUUUUUAACACUACAAGAAAUAUGGACAUUGAUAGCACAUUAAGAUAGCACGAUUUCUGUAACUGCUAUUAAAAGUGAAAUUAGAGUUUUUAGAAUAAACUCAUAGCGUUACAGUAAUGCUAUGCCCAAAAAAUCAAUAAGCGGCAACUAAAAACGUGAGUCCGCCUUAUUAGUUUUAUGACUAAGCGCCAACACUUAGAAAAAAGGGUUUUAGCGGUUUAUGAGUAAAACAAUAGCAGUGGCUAUUGAAAAACAAAAGAGAAACUAAAGAAAGGAAACAAAAAACAAAAAUCUCUCGCUAUCUCCGCCGAAUCCUUACGAGAUCUCUGUCUCUCCUCGCGACGAUUGGCCGGUUCUCUCCUCGCGACGAGAUCUCUGGCUCUCUUUUGUUUCUCUGUCGAUUUCAUCUUCAAGAUCUCUCGCUAUCUCUGCUGAAUCCUUCGAUCUCUCGCAGCUCUUCUCAGCUCAGAUUUCAUCUUCUAGAUCUCUCGCUAUUUCAAUCUCAGAUUUUCAAGGUCUUCAGGAGGUUCGGCGUUUUUUAGCUGGAGUAAUUGCUGUCUAAGAGGUUACACAUAUCUAGCAAGCUACACUACACAUUAUCUCCCAACCAUACGACAGGUGAAUCAAAAUGGGGAAUAAAAAGAUGACUAAGAAGUCCAAGAAAAACAAGAAGAAAUCUGCUGAUGAAGAGCCGGAAUUUCUGGGUACGCUGGCUGUACCCUGAUCAAGCUGUACCCUGAUCAAACUGCAGCUGCUAAUGAAGAAAGUGAAUGAAGCAGGAGAGAAUGAGGAAGAAAGAGUGACUGAAGACAGAGAGAAUGAGGAAAGAGAUACUGAGGAAGGAAGGCUAAAUGAAGAUGUUCAAGAUGAAGAGCCUCUUGGUUUUGUUGAAAUGGCACAGGCGCAUGAGCGACCUAAGCGUAAAAAACAUAGAGGUCCAACUAAGAUGAAGAAUAUAGCUAAAGAUCCAAAUGUCCAUGAAAGAGUUGAAUUCAAUGGCAGGGGACAUGCUAUUGGUCCUGGAUCAGUGACGUUAUCUUCUUAUAUAGGUACAUUAGUGCGAGAACAUGUGCCUUUCACAAUUUCUGACUGGAGGAAAGUUAGUGAUGAAUUGAAAACAGUUAUGUGGAAAUCUGUUCAGGCAAGGUUUGAGGUUGAUGAAGAGUACCAGAAGAAUUAUAUAAUGGUCACGAUGGGUUGCAACUAGAGGUCCUCCAAAUCAAGACUAGUAUCGGCGAUAAGAUCCAAAUCUACUAACCAAGAAAGGAUGAAUCUGAGACCACCUAAUAUUACGCCACCAGAAUGGCGUAAGUUUGUGAAACUCAAAACAAGCAAGGAAUUUGCAGCUGUAAGUGAAUCUUACAAAGCGAGACGGCGAAAACAGAUACCACACACUUGUAGCCGCAAAGGAAUGGUCAGGCUGGAAGAAGAGUUGAAAGAACAGAGUGAAGAACCAUCUGAAGUGACUAGGCUAAGGCUCUGGAUCAAGUCACGUACAAAAAAAGAUGGUACUCCAGUCAACACGAAAGCAGCACUAUUAGGACCUGAUAAUCCAGGUCGUCUGAGGGCAAUGGGAAGAAGCAUGAGUAAGACCAAGUUAGCUUGUUUUCAAGUGAAGGAAAAGUUUAUUCAUGACAUGGAAGAGAAACAACAUAAGUUGGUUCACCAAGUUCAUGCAUUGGAAGAUCAAAUUAAGAGAAUUUCUAAACAGCAGAAGCAAGAUACAUAAGUUGGUGAAAACUCAGCUUCUGUAAAAAGGAAAAAGUGUUAACACAGAAGCACAAGGUCGUUGUGUGUUGGUUGAUUGUCAUCUUACUAAUGAAAAAGUGGCUGAAGGAUAUCUUCUUAGCUCUGAUCCGGAUGGCUUUGUGGAUGACAUCCCCUUGGGCCCUGAAGCUGUUAAAGUGUUGGUUGAUAAAGCAAUUGUCUCAAAAGCCUUUCUUUGGAGACCUACAGCUGAUAUUUCUACAGUUGAUGAAGCUGUUGGUCUAAUCAUUGCAUGGCCUCUCAAUAAAUGUCUUCAAUCAGAUCAUAGUGAAGACAUUCUUCCAAGGAGUCCAAGAAUAUCUUCUUUGAACAAACGCAAACUGCUGGAUUAGUCUGGUAAAAUUGAUGGAGUGGUUGGUGAAGGUCGUUGGCAGUCUAAAGAUCCAACAGAGUUGGUUAAUGGUAUUCCUCUAGGACCAAAUCAAGUGAAAGUCUUUCUCGAUGUGGUACAUGUUGAAAAAGUCUUCUUAUGGAGGCCUACAGCAAAAAUUAAAUAUCUUGGGGAAUCUUUGAAGUCAUUCAUAUCAUGGCCUGUCGAUAAGUGUGAUUUUGAAGAUACCAUAGAUCUGCAGCCACAUACCAUCUCUACAAAAGCACCAAGUCCAAAAAAUGCAUCAAAAGGUACAACUUCUGCAACUCCAGUUUCUAACUCUCAUAAGCAGAAAGAAACAGAAUCAUGUCCACAAGCGCCUGUAAAGAAAAAGCCACCACAACUUGCUCAGUCUCCACUUCGAAGAUCUCAGCGUCACAGUCCAAGUGAUGCUCCCAAAGAAAAUCAGAAGUGCAAGUUAAUGGAUAUUAGCGGUAACAACAAGGUGGUUGCUGAAGGACGUUGGGCGUCAGACAACCCAAAUCACACUGUUAAUUGUGUUCCCUUGGGUGAUAAUGCAGUUUAGGUUUGGGUUGAUAUAGUGAAUGUGAAUACUGCAGCUGUUUAGAAGCCGUCUUCUGAGAUAAAGUGUCUUGGAGAUGCAUUUGGAUCUGUAGUUGCAUGGCCAAAGGAUAAAGUGAUAUUGUGUUAAACUAAUCAGGUUUACUCUACUACUGUUUUUAUUUGUAUUGAGACUUGAAUGAUGAAUUUGAAUUCUGUAAUGUCUUAUUGGAUUUGGUAAUGUAAUAUUGGUUGGUUUGAGACUUGUUUGAUAGUGGUAUCAGGUUUCAGGAUA